CAUCAGAACUCCUCAAGAAACACCAGCAGAGACCCACAGGGAAGAAAUCUCAUUGCUGCUCUGACUGUGGGAAACGUUUCAAAUCUUCAUCAGAACUUAAAAUACACCAGCGAGUACACACAGGAGAGAAGCCUUAUAGCUGUGAUCAAUGUGGGAAGAGUUUUACUCAGUCAAGCUCCCUGAAAUCACACCAUAGAACACAAACUGGAGAUAAACCUUUUGGCUGUGGUCAAUGUGGGAGGAGUUUUACUCAUCUAAGCAGCCUGAUAGUACACCAGCGGGGACACACAGGAGAGAAAUCUUAUAGCUGUGAUCAAUGUGGGAAGAGUUUUACUACAUCUAGCUAUCUAACUAUACACCAGAGAACACACACAGGAGAGAAACCUUAUGGCUGUGAUCAAUGUGGAAAGAGUUUUAUUCGGCUACAAACCCUGAAAUCACACCAGAGAACACACACUGGAGAGAAACCUUUUGGCUGUGAUCAAUGUGGGGGGAGUUUUACUCAUCUAAGCAGCCUGAUAGUACACCAGAGAACACACACAGGAGAGAAACCUUUUGGCUGUGAUCAAUGUGGGGGGAGUUUUACUCAUCUAAGCAGCCUGAUAGUACACCAGAGAACACACACAGGAGAGAAAUCUUAUGGCUGUGAUCAUUGUGGGAAGAGUUUUAUUCGACUACAAUCCCUGAAAUCACACCAGAGAACACACACAGGAGAGAAACCUUAUGCCUGUGAUCAAUGUGGGAAGAGAUACUCUGAUAAAAGAUCUCUGACUAAACAUAGACUCAUUGCGGUCAUUGACUGUGAGUCAUCGAUUGGACAGUACUUUGUGGACCUGGUGAAACAGACCCUUGAGAAGAUGGACAUAGAUAUCAAACAGUGUGAUGGUAAUGCAACAGACGGAGCAGCAAAUAUUCAGGGACAAUACAGGGGCUUCUCUGCAUCGCUCACAGGAGAGUCUCCUAACCAAGUCAAUAAGCAGGUCCAGUCCCUGUCCGACCAACUGACCUCCAGCCGUAGAGAGCUGGACAGCAAGGCUGUGGCCCUACAGAGGGCCCACCGUGACAGAGAGGAUGUGGCCAAGGACAAGGCCAGUCUGGGGGUCCAGCUGACUGCCGUUGACCGCAGGGCCUGGGUCCUGGAACAGGAGCUGGCCAUUCUCAGAGCGGAGAAGGAGUCUCUAGAGACUUGUGUCUUCGAGGGCCAGGAGCUAGUGUCCUCUCUGGAGGGGGAGAGGAACCGGCUGGAGGUGGAGCGAAGCACCCUAACGAUGGCUGACGAGGACCUGACGCGUGUGAACAGCAGGAGGACAGCAGAUGAACAGCAGGAGGCAACGCAGUGA